AUGUCUCCUCCAGAAGAGCCAAGGACGACCGGGACUCCUGCACACGAAGUGUUUGGCACCAUCGGCAAUCAGGCUGAGCAGGUUGCGCCAGCGACAGAUGGCGUCGAAGGUGACAAUGAUCAACGUGUGGUCGAGGAGAUUGAGUCUCUCUGCAUGAACUGUCACGAGAAUGGAACAACACGUCUUUUAUUGACGAGAAUUCCUUACUUCCGCGAAGUCAUCCUCAUGUCCUUUUCUUGCGAUCACUGCGGGUUUCAGAACAACGAAAUCCAAGCCGCAGGAUCGAUCCAACCCCGCGGAACGCACUACGAACUGCGCUUGACGGAGAUGGAGGAUCUUUCACGCCAGGUCGUCAAGGCAGACUCGGCAUCUGCCAAGUUUGUCGAGAUUGACGUCGAGGUUCCGGCAGGUCGUGGUCAGUUGACCAACGUUGAGGGCAUCCUGACUGGUCUCGUGAGCGACCUUGAGAUGGACCAGGAGGCACGCAAGAACGAGCAGCCAGAAGUUUACGAGAAGAUUGCCGACGUCCUAGUCAAGGCGAAAUCCAUGCUGGCUGGCGAGUCAUUUCCGUUCCGCAUGAGCAUUGACGACCCGGCCGGCAACAGCUGGAUCGCUCCCGAUUUGCAUGACGGUGUUGGCAAGUGGGAGAAGCGCGAAUAUGCGCGAACACCGGAACAGAACCAGAGUUUGGGGCUGGCCGACACUGAAGAUGCUGCAGCCGGCACUACCACAUCUUCAUCUGGUAUACCGACAGCUUUUUCGGGAUCUGCCGGUGUCAUUCCUGUUGGCGGUCAGGGACGCCUGAAUCCGGACGACGAGAUCAUCCUGGACGAGGUGUACACAUUCCCGGCCAGUUGCCCCGGGUGCAUGCACCCGUGCGUGACGCACAUGAAGAUGGUGGAUAUUCCUCACUUUAAGCAAGUCGUGCUGAUGAACACGCUAUGCGACCACUGUGGGUACCGCUCAAACGACGUCAAGACAGGAGGUGAGGUCCCUGCAAAGGGUAGCCGCAUCUCUCUGAAGGUGCUCAACGAGGUCGACCUAGCGAGAGACAUCCUGAAGAGCGAGAGCUGCGCACUCGAAUGCCCAGAGCUCAACCUCUCUGUCAAUCCAGGCACGCUGGGUGGACGCUUCACGACUGUUGAGGGCCUGCUCACACAGGUGAGGGACGACCUUCGCAAUCAGAUAUAUCAGACGGGGGCUGAGGUGGGCGCGUCGCCAGCUGGUGCUCCGGCAGCCGGUGGCGACUCCCUCAGCGGCGAUGAUCGUAUGCAGUGGACGUCUUUCUUUGCUGGUCUGGACGAGGCCAUUACCGGCAAGCGACCGUUUACGAUCGUGCUCGCAGAUCCGUUAGCAAGCUCGUAUGUUCAGAGUCUGGCAGACGAUCCCAGCAAGCCAGACUCGCAGAUGACGAUAGUCGAAUACGACCGGACCGCAGAGGAGGAAGAGGACUUGGGACUCUCAGAUAUGAAGACUGAGGGUUAUGAGGGAGAGGCAGAAGCUGCAGAAGCUGCACAUGAUGCACAGAUAAAGGAGGAUGCGGCAAAAGCGGAUGCGGCAAUAGCAGACGCGGCAAAUUAA